UUCUUCUCCUCGGUGCCUUCAUCUUUGUCGAAAGUGAAAUACAGGUCAGAUGUGGUAAAUUGCAGUUGCUUCGACAGAACCUCGCUCCUUCAAGAUCCUGGACCGUGCGGAAACUCUGGUUGGCGCUCAACCGUCAGAAAUCCUCCACCUCUCAUUCCUGCGCUCGCAAAUUCCGUACACACGCCCACAAUGACGAGACAACACUCGAUAGGCUCGUGGUGGGCCAUCGUCAUUUCACUCUUUUUCGCGACUGUCGCCCGUGCUCAUACUAUUAUCGUUUACCCGGGAUGGCGCGGGAACAACCUAUAUUCAAAUGGAACAGUUGAAGAAACAGAUGGGCUAAGCGUGAAAUACGCCAGCAAUGCCACUGGGGACAGAGAUUAUCUGUAUCCUUUCGGGAUGCAAUGGCUGUAUCCAUGUGGGGGAAUGCCCAUGUCCCAAAACCGAACAAAAUGGCCCGUAAAGGGUGGCGCGGUGUCGUUCCAGCCCGGAUGGUUCCCUGGCCACAAGACGGCACUCAUCUACAUUAACCUCGGUAUCGGAACUGUCCCGCUGAACAUGAGUCUCCCGAUGCUUUCUCCCUUCCAAAUAACCGGCCCUACGGUAGAGCCCUAUCCUGGCACGUUUUGCAUGCCGCAGGUCCCUUUGCCCCCUAAUAUCACCGUGAAUGUUGGCGACAACGCCACUAUCCAAGUCGUUGAGAUUGCUAAGCACGGAGCUGCAUUGUAUAAUUGCGUCGAUAUUACUUUCGCAGAGCCAGAAGAUGUUGAGCAAGUAACAAGGAGGAAUUGUUUCAAUUCCUCCCACCUAACCGCCCAAUAUAUUUAUACCGUCGAUGUCGAUAAGUCAGCAGCAGCUCACCCCCAGAUGAUAUCUGCCGGCCUCUUCCUUAUUCCGUUGCUGCUGGUCGGCUAUUUCGGAAAUCUGUUCUGA